GACGGCACUUAUUAUUAUUAAUUGAUAUAUAUUUUUUCUGUUUUAAUUCUGUAGCGGAUUAGAAAUCGGUGUGGCGCGCGAGUCCGCCGCCGAGUCGGCGUUGCGAGGAGGCGGUCGUCUGGCAACACUGCCUUUGUGAUGGUUCGUAAACAUGGCGUCGCUGAAAUCGCUAACUGACGACGACCUGCGUCAAAAACUGAGACAAUACGGCAUCACGUCGCCUGUCACGGCCACCACGAGAGAUAUUUUGGUGAAGAAAUUAAACCACGCCAUCGCGAACCAGAAAAAGAGUCCCGCGCUGAAUAGAACGGCCGCGAAAUCCGCCAAUAGAAGACUGCACACAUUCAGUUCGGACGAGGACGAAGACGACGAGUCCUCCUCCUCCUCGACCCUCCUCCUCCACCCGAUUUCGGGCCGCCCCAGCAGCCGCUUCUCCAGGAGCCGGAGGGACUCGGCCAAAAGUGGGGCGGAGACCCCCGUCAGUGACAGAAACGGCGCCCCCUCCUCCUCGGGCCUGAACGGGAAUAGUGGUAGUGGUAGUAGUAGUAGUGAUCAUCGCAACAGUGUCCGACGAUUCGCGAGUGUGAGGUCGACCGACCCCGACCUGGACGACCUCCCCUUAGGAAGUGGCCGCAGUCGACCUCACCUCGGGGGUCGUCAGAGUGAAAAAAAUAAUAUCUCGUCGUUGUUGGCGACGAGGAGGUUGGCCGGUUCCUCCUCCGUUCACAGUGAGGAGGUGGAGGAGGAGAAGGAGGACCCCCUGGCCCUAAGAACGAGACUGCCCUCCUCCUCCUUUUACCCGGCGGUGAGUGCCAGGACGGGCAUCAGCCCCAGGGCCAAAAUCCACGACGACUACGACACCGGGUCCGACUCGGAUUUGGCCGACGACGCCGCCGCUGCCGUCGACCUCUCCAAGACAGCCUCCUCCUCCUCCUCCUCCUCCUCGUGUCACGAUAGGGAAAACAGUGCAGUGUCGAACAAUGGCUCGUUCAGUAUCCAAAGUUUUUACAAGAAUCACAAAUCGGGGAUGUCCUCCUCCUCCACCUCCGCCCCUUCCUCCACCUCAACCUCCUCCUCCUCCCCUUCGGACCAUCUAGGUUUAUUAAAGGGCGGUGAUACUAAUUACUUUAGAAAAAGAAAAGUCAGGCACAGUUAUUUGGAGAACGGGAGACGGCACGACGAGGACGAGUGUAGUGAAGAGGGGCGGGACGUCGGCGGAAAGAGUUUUGGUGCGGCCGAGUCCGUCGUGACGCAGACGAGUCCCCCGGGGUCGAACCACGAGGGGAUGAGAGUGGCCAACGGUAGACACCUCGGUGAAAGUAGUAGUUCUCCACUCGAUCACUCGCCCGGUGACGAAAGUACGUGGCAUUACUCCAUCCCCCUUUUACUUUUAGUUCUUUUAGUUGUUUUCUUUGUCGUCGUCGCCACGCUGUACGUUAACAUGCGAAUACCUCUUCUGCCAAUGCUGCAGUCUGUGCCUGCCAUGAUCUACCAAACCAUGGCGACAUUACCUGUGCCUUUCCUCGCUCGAACUAACCUUGAGAAUCAGAGCCAGACUGGAGCUUCGUCACUGCCAACACCUCCGGACGGUAAACCGCCGUCACCCACGCCAGAAAACAGGAUGCCAUUGUGCAGUAAUGGUUCCAAGACUGCAUGUCUAACAGUACAAGAAAUGUCAGCUUUCAAACAAAUAGCAGGUAGACUAGAAGAUGUUGUUUUGCCGAUGUUACAGCAGCAGGAAGGACAGUAUCAGUGUGGAGAGUCAUCUGUCCGGUAUAUUUCUGUACGUGAUAUGCAGUCCCUUCUUCAAGAUGCAAACAUAAUAUCACAGAAUGAGUCAAACGAUGGUGUCAUUGCCUUGGGGAAGUUAGUCGAGAUGAACCGCCAUUGGGGCAUGGAAGCUGUGAAGGAAGGAGAAGCCUUGCUUGGCAUCUCCCUCGUCUCGCCGCCAACCCACAUCUUCUGCCAUAUCAGAACAGCCAUAUAUAAUUUCUUAAACUUAAUAAUCGGUUUGGUCUUAGUUAUUGGGGCUUGUUGGUUAACAUUCACAUAUGUCAAAUACCACAGACGUAAAAAAGAAUUGGAAAAGCAGCAGGUACUUGAAACAGUUGAACAGAUUUUAGAAACCCUGGGUGGUUUAGCCAGACCUGGUGGAAAAGAUUAUGUUGCUGUGAACCAUGUACGUGAUUCUCUUAUUGGACCCAGAGACAGGAAAGCAAAACAGGAUAUUUGGAAGAAGGCUGUGACAUUCAUUGAUAAUUAUGAGUCUAGGAUAAGACGUGAAAUUCAGUCCGUUGGAGGUGAAGAUUGUGAAAUAUGGCGUUGGACAUCAGGAGUGCCAUUUACUCCAAACACAUCUGGCCUGGAUGGGGCAAGUGGCCGCCCGCCUGCCAAGAUGUGGCAGGGUCAGGCUUUUGAGAGCUUGGAGACCACACACAAUCUUCCCAAUGUAUCUCCUACGUCUUGUCUCAAAAUUCGGAAUAUGUUUGACUGUGAUGUUGAAUUCGGUGAGAGUUGGACUUCACGGAUUCAGGAUAGUAUUUUGGAGAAAUGUGAAGGAAUCAGCAUUGUUCAUAUAGCAGUGGAUCGUGGAUCAAGAGAAGGUUGUGUGUACCUUAAAUGUGCCUCACUGUCAGAGGCAGGGAAAGCAUUUAGAGCCCUACAUGGCUGGUGGUAUGAUGGAAAUUUGGUAACUGUGAAGUUCCUGCGCGAUGAGAGAUAUCACCACCGUUUUCCAAACGCUCGCCACGCCACUCGUUGGCUACGACCGUCCAAUAACAAGCGUCUGUCCUUGCAGGUCCCUACCAGGCAGUCAGACAGUGUUGAACAUCCAUAGAAAUGAAAAUGUAUUCCUACACAGGCUUAUAAUAGGUGACGGAAAUUACACGCUACAAACUUAGACGCUAGGAAUGGCAUUUGGGAAUUAGAUGGGUUGCUUCAUAUUUUACAUUGAAUACACAAGAGCAGAGUGAGUUAAAAAAAAUGAGUACACAGUUGACUGCUACGAAGUCGAGAGUUGAUCGUAUGUAUGUGACAAAUAAAGAUUGUGAUAAAAUAAAACUUGGAUAUAUUGACUGGAGUAUAGGUAAGGAUGCCUGGGUUGCUGUGGUACUCUCAUAUGAGGCUAUGAAAUUCACUAAUAAUGAGCCAGAUCGAGUUGUAGUCGGUAAGUACGUCAUUACGUUUGUAAACGGUUGUUUGAUUCUGGAGGAGGAUUCACUUCAGGACGACAAGUCUAGUGGAUGAAACAAAUUGAAAACUUUUUCUGCCUAUGGAUGUUCUAUUCAUCUUCAUUUAAUAUGGGAAUAUUAUAGUGUGUUAUUGUCUUACAGUAUAUCAAAAGAUUUUUACAUAGUAUAUAUAUAUAUAAAUAUAUAUAUAUUUUAUCUUUUUAUUAUUCCCACACUUUGUUGGGGACAUCUAAGAAGAGUUUAUUAUUAGAUUGUGUUUGUAUUCUAAAUGAUGUACAAACAUAUGGAACAAGUGACUUAUUAAAGAAGCGAGGCACUAAUGAAUACAAAACAGUGAAUAAGAAAAAAUUGGCAAUGCUUGAGUCGUUACUUUGUCAGAUGUACAAGAAAUGCAUAUUGAAAGAAAUUUCUGCUGCUUAUAUAACCCAUAACAAAAAAGGGAUUGGUAAUAUACAGGUUGGCCGUUUGUAUGACUUCCGCAUUGUAGGCUGAGCUAUAUGCAAGUUGAUAUACUGCGAGUUAUUGAUGGUAGAUAAGAAAACAUGACUUGGUAGCGCCUUGGUGAGAAUUUAGCAAGAUAUUGUAUUGAAGGAGUGAACAUGGAUUUUGUUGUAUGGUUGGUAUAAGUUAGCAUGAUUGAGAAGAGGACUUGACUGCAGUUAAUAUUAAAUCACACUACAGAUAGCUCAAGCACUUAUUGUUUUCUAUUAUGUUAUACUCACAUCUUACUUGUUUUCUUUUGCUCUCAUCAGUGAAUUCCAGUCCCAAACAAAGUUCACGACCAAGGCUCAUUGUCGGUUCCCUGUCUUCCACUCUCUCAUGCUACCAUACUAAUAGUCUGUCUGUCUCUUUAUGUAUCCUGCCCCUCUCCAUCUGGUUAUUUUCAAUUUCCUUCAGUCCACAUAUUUCAGUGAUUAUUAUUUUACCAAAUAAAAUCUUUUUAUCAGUCAAGUUGAUUAAGGGCAAGGAAUGUAUUGAGAUUUAAUAAACUAUCGGAAGAAU